CACUAUUUCUUUAAAACCGGUCCUCGUAUAAUCUUCAUUGAUAAUUAUUUAUUUUGUGGGUCACAUUAAUAUAUAUUUUUUUUAAAUUUUCAUUCAGUCGAUGUUCGUUGGUACUAGUUAUAUGAUGGUUUAUAAAUUUGAGCAAGAUUUAGUGAAUUUAGUAGAAAAUGUUGUAAAUGACAAACUUGAAAAUUGUGCAGUGAUAGUUCACGAUGGAAACAAAAAAGGCGAAGGUUUCCUGAGCGAUAUUAGUUUUAUAUCUUUAAACGAUAAAAUAUCUGGUGAAUUUUUUCACUUGGUUAUCAAAAAAGUUCAGUUCGGCGAAAAAGACAGUACUAAAGAACUGAUGUCUACGUCGUUUUUAAACGAAAUACAUUACUACAGAGAAAUAUUUCCAAUAUUACAAACUUUUCAAAAAACUUUCUCAGGGGUUAAAAUUUUUGAUAAUUUUCCAAAACUUUUAGCAACAUGUUCAGAUAAAGGCAAUGAAAAAAUUAUUUUACAAAAUUUGAAGUAUAAAAAUUAUGAAGUUCCACAAAAGUCUGCCCCAUUUGAAAUAAAAACUUUUGAAAAGAUUUUUAAAUUAUAUGCAGAUUUUCAUGCUCUUUCUUUUGCAUUCAAACAUCACAAUUAUGAAAAAUUCUUUGAAUUGACCGAACCAUUACAUCAUAGUAAUUUACUAUUUAGUAAGAACUUCUUGGGUGGCUACAUAAAAAGUUUUUUUAGAAAAGUGACACGAUUUUUUGAAAAUCAAGAUGAAGAAAUUGUUGGAAAACUUCAGAAGUAUUUUGACCAAUCCGUUCAUAUUUAUGAAAAUUGUAUGAUUUACGAAGGUUCAAAAUCUGUUAUUCUACAUGGUGACUGUUGGAGCAAUAACCUGAUGUUUAAAUAUAAUUCAGCAAGAGAAAUCGAAGAUAUUAAAUUGAUAGACUUUCAGCUUGGCUACACCGGAUCGCUAGUUCUUGACAUUAGUUACGCUUUCUAUGCAGGAGCUGGAAAAGAGAGUUUAGACAACUUAGAAUAUCUACUAAAAAUAUAUCACAACCAACUUAGCAGAACUCUAAAAUUAUAUGGUUGUGAUGCAGAAAAAAUAUAUCCUCAUGAAACCUUUAAACAGGAGUGGAAAAAAUAUUGCGUUUAUGGUUUUAUUCUGGGAGUUAUAGUAUGGCCUACCAAAUUUGCUACCGAUUUCAGUAACAUGCUGGGGUUUAAAGAUGUAAUGGAUAGAGAACAAUACGAUGAACAUGAUGAAAUUGAUGAUUAUGGUCUUAAAUAUGACCAAGACAAAUAUAAAGAGACUAUUUUAAAUCUUAUCAAACAUAUGUAUGAAAACGAUUUCUUAUAGAAAUAUUUAUAGUAUUCAAAAUAUUAACGUAUAAAACAUCAGUUUCUUCGUUUUUUCUUUGAAGGUAAAUUUGACGAAUCCUCAAAAAAGUAAAACUGACAUUUUCCGCAAGUGGGGUGAAAAUCUAAAUUUAAUAAUCGGUUGAAAUCCUUAUCAUCACAACAUAUCAGUUUUCCUUAAAACUGCAUGUUUUAGAUUGCAAAUACAAAAAAAAUUGAAAAUGAAAAUUUACCGUUGCCACUGCGAUAUAAAUGUUCAUCUGUCAGCUUUUGAGCCCUGUAGAGUUAUUGCCACGCGUCCGUUUCCAAGUAUACAUAUAUCAUUGAUAUGCUCAAAAAAAUAACGUGAAAAUUUCUAUUUCAAUUUUGCAGUUUAAAGAAAAGUUUUUUCUGUCACGUUUAAAGAGGCAAGAAAUAUGCUAUACUGACUAACUUUCCAUUUAUUGUCUUAUAUUUUUCAUCAUUUUCCAUUUUCCAUUUUCAAAUUUACUACGUUAACUAAUUUCAAAAAAAUAUUGUUCACAAUAAUUACGUAUUUUUGGCCAAAGAAUAUAAAUCUGUAAUAUAAAAUAUGGGUUUCUAUUAAUAAACAAAUAAAGUUGAGCUUGAAUGACCUUGACACUCCCCCACCUAAGGUCAAAGCAUCAUACACCCCGCGUAUUCCCCUUUGGGUUUUAUAACUUUUGUUUAAAACUUUUAAUCCUAUAUCUAAUUAUCCUUUAAUUUAUAAAACAAUAAAUAAUUUGUUUAUCAAUUUUAUUCAA